AUGAAGGGGCUCAUCCUCUGCUGCCUUGUGGCUCUGGCCACAAGUCAAAGAAUCCGUUACGAGCUCGGCCUGAACCCCAACAAAACAUAUGAAUACAAAUAUGUGGGAACUGUGAAUUUUGGACUCGGUAUUCCAAACCUGGCGCAGUCUGGUACGAGAAUGUCGUGCAAGAUCAAGAUCCGAGGUGUGUCUGAGCAAACGUUUGUCCUUCAGGUUUCAGAUUUUUCCUCUGAAGAGUUCAACGGAGUCGAGGGGAAAAACGAAUUUGAGGUGUCCGCAAAGCUCACCGAGCGUAUUGCUUCCCAGCUCGUCAAACCCUUCAUGUUUGACUAUGUCGCUGGACACGUGGACAACAUCCGCUCCUCUGCUGAGAUUUCUGACACUAUUGUCAACAUUGUGAGAGGGAUGCUGGGUUCGUUCCAAUUGACUGUGAAGAUCACACAGAGGAUCUAUGAGCUCGAAGAGGCUGGCAUCCAUGGCAAGUGUCAGAGUAGUUAUGCUACUGAAAUCAACGCGGAAACCAAUGACAUGACAAUCACUCAGGUCGUGGAUGUCAAUAACUGCAGGGAAAAGGCGGCCAUCUACAAAGGACUGGCCACCGCUGUGCUCGACCCAGUCUCCAGACAGAGAGGGGAAUCUGUGGUUUCAACAGUGAGAAGUGUUUACACAGUCAAGCCGACAGUAGAGGGAGGGCUCAUCACCAUGGCUCAUGGCCUGGAGCAACAGAACUUCAGCCCCUUUAACGUGAAGGGAGGCAACUUCAAGAUGGAAGCGACGACCGAAAUGGUGCUGCUCAGCGUGAAUGACACAGCGAGAGCCCUCCCGCUCGGGUCAACGGAAAGCAAGGGAAACCUUGUUUUUAAGUUUGUCGAUGCGGAAGUCAAUGUCCCCAUUGUGAUGCAGAACCUGGACAACCCAAUAGCAAAGGCUGCUGAGUUGAUCAAGCAUCUGGCUGAGGCCAAUCGCUACCAGAUUGACACCACAACAUCUGAGGACACUAUAAAGCUGUAUCAGCUCCUCCGAGUGAUACCUUAUGAAGGAUUAGACGUCUUGUGGAAGCAAUUUGCAGGAAAUGAAGAGAAUCGACGUUGGUUUUUGGACAUGAUUGUUGAAGUCAACGAUGCCAGAAUCCUGAAGUUCCUGGAAACGAGGUUCCAGACUGGAGAUUUGUCUGCAAAUGAAGCUCUGCAGACCCUGUUGCUGGCAUUUGACCAUCUCCAGGCUGUUCCUGAUCUGGUUGAGAUGGCUAAAAUGUUCCUGACAAUGCCUUUCAGUAAAUCCAACGUCUAUUUGUGGCAAACUGUGGUGCUUUCCUAUGGCUCUCUGGUUUACAAGCACUGUGCCUAUUAUACACCUUGUCCUGUGGCGGCUGUUCAGCCACUGCUGGACAUGGCCAGGGAAAGUCUGAGCAAUGGCAACCACACUGACAUGGUCAUCGCUCUGAAAGCUCUGGGGAACGCAGGUCAUCCAGGCAGCAUUAAAACCAUCAUGCGCUUCCUCCCCGGAGUUGCUGCCACGCCUGUGGAUCUGCCACCUCGUGUGCUGAGUGCCGCUGUGCAGUCUAUGAGACUCAUAGCUGCCAGGGACCCCCAGAUAGUCCAAGAGAUCACCAUGAGUCUGUUCCUGCAGAAGAAGCUUGCCACUGAGCUUCGCAUGCUGGCCUUCAUGAUCCUGUUUGACACAAAACCCUCAAUGGCUCUGGUGUCCAUCGUGACUGUACAUCUACAGGAGGAAAAAGACCUCCAUGUCAUUAGUUUUGCAUACUCCUAUUUGAAAAGCUUUUCCAGAUCCAGUACUCCAAACAACCACUUCCUCUCAACUGCCUGCAACGUAGCCGUGAAAAUCCUGGCCCCUAGAUUUGGCCGUCUCAGCUAUCACUACAGCAAAGCAAUGCGCAUGGACUGGUUCAAUGAUGAUUUCUUAAUUGGUACGGCCACAGAGGUCUUCAUGCUGAAAAGUGCAACGAACAUCUUUCCGACUGAAAUCAUGAUGAAAGGAAAAUUUUACUUUAUUGGUAGAAUUCUGCAGCUCCUGGAGUUGGGUAUACAUGCUGAGGGACUCGUGGAGCUACUUGGUAACGGCAUCCCUGGUUUUAAAGGAGAUCUCAGUUUCAGUGACUUCCAGGCUGUUCUCAAUGUGCUUAAAAACUGGGAAGUUCUGCCCAAUGAUAAGCCCAUCAUGACUGCCUAUUCACGGGUCUCUGGACAAGAGUGGUUCUACGCUGAUCUCAAGAAAGAGACCAUCGACGCCCUCAUCAAGAGUGUCAGUCUUUCUGCAGGGAAAGGCAGUUCUCUGUGGGUCGUGAUUGAGAGUCUACAGAGAGGAGUGUCAUGGCAUUGGACAAAGCCUUACUUAAUCGUUGAGGUUCGCUACUUCCAAGCUACCAUCCUGGGUCUCCCACUGGAGAUAAGCAAAUAUUAUGAGUCCAUCAGUGGAAUCACUGUAAAUGCCAAAGCCACAACAAAUCCACCACUGAAUGGACAGCUUGGACAACUGCUUACUUCUGACAUUUCCCUGGAGACUGAUGGUUUUAUUGGUUUUACAAAGGAUUUCUGGGUUUACUACGGAAUCAACACGGAGCUCUUCCAAUGUGGUUCCGAGUUCAAAGCCAAAACACCUCUUUCAAUCCCGUGGAAGUUUACUGUCAAGAUCAACAUCGCAGAAAAGAAGUUUGAACUUGACUUCCCUUCAUGCAAAGAAGAUAUUGCUAUCUAUUCAGUCAACUCCAAUGUGUAUGCAGUCACCAGGAACAUUGAAGAGCCAGAAUUGGCUAAAAUGACUCCAAUAAUACCAAAUCCUAUUGACUCCAAUGCUGAAGUCGUCCACAGUGGGCCCACAGCUGUGAAACCUGAUUCAGAUCAGACCCUGACAACAAACACCUGGAAUCAAAGAGACAACAUGUGUGCUGAGAGCAACAUUUACGGAGUUGGUCUGUGUGUGGAGUCUGAGUUCAGGAGAGAAUAUUAUCAUGAUGAAUACCCCCUGUACUAUUUCCUGGGAUACACCCACAUGGCAUUCAAAGUAGUACCAGUCCAGUCAAUCAAACCUGUCGACAAAAUCCACUUUGAGGUCAAUGCCAGCCCGAGCGGACAUCCAGUCAGCACGCGCCAACUGCUUGAGACCCUGAGGAGGCUUUCCAUGGAAGACAACCAGCAAGUACGCCUGUCCUCUGAUUCAGCCUCAAGUGAAAGAGGAUCUCAUCAAAGACCUGAUGACAACUUAAUGGAAGACUGGAAUUCAACACCCGAAGCUGUGUUCAAUGUCAAUUUCUUUGCCAUGAAUGGCAACCAGAAGCCCGAGGGUUACGAUGCAGUCUUCUACUACACACCCAAGCCAAGUAAAAGCACCCAGCUGAUUGUGUCGCAGGUUGGAGAAAACAUCAACUGGAAGAUGUGCAUCAACACGACUGUGAAGCCCCAUGUUGAGGCCAUGGCAAACAUUAGAUGGGGAGCUGAAUGUCAAACUUAUGGAAUGUCAAUAACAUCUGAAAAUGCACGUUUUCCUGGUGCUAAGCCAAAAAUCAAUGCAAAAAUACAGUGGACCACGAUCCCAAAGAAUCUGGCAGAGGUUUGCACAAGAUUUGAAAGCUACAUCCCAGGUAUUGCUCUCCUUCUGGACUUCUACCAGAAACAUGAGAAAAAUGUCAAGCAGGAGAUUUCUGCAUCACUCGUUGCAACGUCAGCAGACAGCAUCGAUGUGACCAUUAAAUUCCCAGAGUAUACAGUCUACCGCCAGGCUAUUCCAUUUCCUCUGCCACCUGCCACUUCCACGAGUUUCAACGGGACAUCAGAAACACAACAAUAG